AUGUCUGAAUCCACUGAGCUCCAAUCUAUCCAUAAUCUAUCAACGUUCCAGGAGGCGAUAAAGAUACUUGAUCAAAAAAUUCGGAAGAGCCUUGUCGAUGGUGAUGUUGCUAAAGUUAUGGAUUCGCACUUGGAAACAGCAAAAGCGGUUGCCACAACCUGCGGUCGCUUCAAGGAGGAAAAAGAAAAGCCCCAGUAUAACUUCCUUUUCGCCUUUCUGAGUGCUUAUGGACACGCUUUCCGCAAGAGAGAGCAUCGCAGCCACGAGUUUCUCGAAUACUGCCAAAAUCUGCAACGUGAGAUCGAUGAUCCGCACGAUGAACCAGUACAGAAGCCCACAUUAGAAGGCAAGGAUGACCAGCAUUCAGAAGUGCACGUUCGCCAAAAUGUGGAUGGCGAGGGCAGCCGAAUUCGCCAAGACUCUGAGGGUCCAAGACGCACGACAAGAAAGUCUCGACACCAAGUCGCCAAUAAGCGCUCGCGGUCUAGUAGCGCUGAGAAAACCAAGACAGUCGCAGAGACAAUCGUCAACGACAGUGCAAACCAUUCCGCACUCAUUAGAGAACCGUCACCUCCACUUAAGAAACGUCGAGUGCAACAGGCCAGGCAAGCCAGCCCCGAACUUCCACCACCAAAAACACUUGUAUCUAUUGAAAACUCAAGCGACAACAAUAACGAAGAUGGAUAUGUUCCAUCAGAUAUUCCCUCUAAUAUCAAUCCGCCAGACACUCGUGUUAUAGCACCUGCACCCUCGUCGGACACUUCAUCUGGAAAACGAAUCACACGAGCCAUGGCAGCAGUAGCAAAGGGUCCAACGUCUACUGAAAACUUUGGUCGCAAACUUACUCCAGAACCCGCCCCACAUUCCAACGUUAAAACGAACAUAAAGGUGCAAGGCCGCUCUGAAACAAAGCAGGAUCGCACACCUCCUGUUCCAACCAACUAUGUCCAUCUCCAACCCUGCGCUCAGUGCGCAGAUCGCAAUAUUAAUUGCCGUGUCACAUAUAAAGGGUACUCUUGCUUUUAUUGUGGUUCGCAUCGGGUUCGCUGUGACAAUCGAGGGGAUACUAUUGUGAGGAGGCUGCCUGAGGCGAACGAAGAUAUCACAGGUCCUGUUGAAGAAGCUAGAAAACAUGGAAAACCAUUGCAUCGCCAAAAAAGGCCUAAACGCGAAACCGGCUCACCUGAACCAGAUGAAAAUUGUGGCCAUCACGACCCUCAACAUCACUCGCCGGCGCUGAGAGAUCCAAAGCACAGCAAUGGAAAGCAACCUAUAUCCGAGCAGACCGCAGACCUCAAUUCUUCCCAAACCAACCAAGACAAACAUCCUAUGGGUAAGUUUGUCUACACUGAGGCUAAGAUCAAAACAGAGAACGUACUCAAAUCAUGGGAAGCCAUACCAAGGUACACCGCACCACCCAAAGCAUCGUCUAGCUCACUUCCUCCCGAGAAAUCUGCGAGAGCGGCUAAAGACAUUGAAGAAUUUGCCAGGAAUUGGGAAGCAUGGGUGGCAGAAGAUAUGGCGCGAAGUGAAGCUCGUGCUCCAGCAGGCCCACUACCUACACGGCCGACAUAUAUUCGCAAUUGGGAAGACAACAAAGCAGAUGCAGAUAAUGAAGCUUACCCUAAUGAAGAUCGCCUGGCCCGAUUAGAGAAGAAUAUCACUAAGAUGAACAAAGUCAUGAAGCGAAUCGACAAGCAAUUGGCUAAUCACGACCAUGGCUUCGACUAUAUUGCAGCGAAAAUGGCGUUUUCCAUGGCUGCUAUAGACAUGCUCUCAAACAAAUUCGAAGUCCUGCAUUCCUAUCAUAGUGAUGUCCUUCAUAAAUUAGUCGGUGUUGAAAUAACGAUGGAGAACAUGCACGAUGAUACCUACCACAGAGGGGAAGAAGGUCCCUGCCCAUUUCGCCGCGGGAGUACAAAGGACCAAGGAAUUCAAACUGACUCUCAAACCAAAAUUCUUGACAGCAAAGGACUUUUCUCUAAGUCUUCGGGCAAGGUUGGUGAUGAAACCGGGAUUGGCGAGAACGGUGAAGAGAGCGAGAACGGCGAAGAGGGCGAGAACGGCGAAGAGAACGAGAACGGCGAAGAGGGAGAGAACGGCGAAGAGGGCGAGAACGGCGAAGAGAACGAGAACGGCGAAGAGGGCGAGAACGGCGAAGAGAACGAGAACGGGGAAGAGAACGAGAACGGGGAAGAGAACGAGAACGGCGAAGAGAACGAGAACGGCGAAGAAGGCGAGAAGGGCGGACAGGACGAACAGGGCGAGAAAUUUGGUGAUAAGGAUUCGGAUUCCUCGGCGGAGAUUGAUGCUGAUAAGAUGCCCUACAUUCCUGUUCAUUCGCGGGAAAAGUUAGAAGCCAGCCAACACCAGUGGUAUGGAGGUACUUCGGAUCAACCCAUUGACAUUGACUUUUACACUGAACUCGCCAAAGACCAGACUGACGUCGCCACCAACUUGAGAACAUCAGAUCAAGAAGGGACCUCGCAUGCAGAGUCAAAUGUGGCUGAGGUUUUUGGCGAAGAGGACGUUUCGUCAAAUCUGGAAGCUCGCCACGGCGAAGAACCCACCGAUGGCAAGAUGAAAGAUGAGAAUAUCACAGCAACACUAUCCACAAACAAUCUCAGUCUUGUCAAAUUCAUGCAUUCAAAUUUCCGCGAACCCCACCCUCACACCACACCUUCAACAUACACCAAUGAUGAUCUGGUUCGCCAGGUGGUUUCCAAACCCCAAUCCUGUCAUCCACUUUCCUUAUUUCUCAAAUAA